AAUUGAACACUAAUAGCGAAAACAAAUACGGGAAAUUUUAAAUAAAAUGAUUUAUUAACAACAAAAACAAAACCCCAUAAACACAGAUAAUAAAAAGAAAUAAAUAAAUUGUUCAAAGUUUAAAAAAAGUGAAAAGAAAUUCGAAUUAACUAAAAAAGAUGAUGACUAACCAUAAAUCAUGGCUAAUAAUAGCCGCCCUAUUGCUGGUAACACAAUUAUGCAUAGAAAUUUCGGCUGAAGCCGUUGAAGCCAGUGAUGUCGAACUAUUUUGUUAUCCGGAAUUAUAUAAAAAUACCCGCAAAUCGUGUGAAUGCAUAAGCGAAGGUUCUGCACCCUGGGGUUUACGAGUACUCAAUAUUGACUGCAGUUUCAAAAGUCUACUAACGGCAGACUUUUCCGAAAUUUUGCCUCCAUAUGCCGAUCGCUUGGAUUUGACUUGGAAUCAAUUGGAACGUGUGCCCAUGUUGGCCAGUGACAGUUUAACUCUACUAAAUUUAAUGCACAAUAACAUUUCCGUAGUACUGGCUAAGAAUUUUGUUAAAGUAUCGAAUCUUCGCGAAUUGUAUUUGAGUUGGAAUAGUAUACAAACCAUAGAACCAUAUGCAUUUUCCGAUCUACCCCAUUUGCUAGUGUUGGAUUUAUCCCAUAAUAAUUUGCACAAUUUAGCUUUUCAACUAUUUUUACCCCUGCAGUCUUUGGAAACAUUAAAUUUAUCAUGGAAUCGUCAACUCAAUCAAACAGAGGGCAUACAAGACUUGGACUUUUAUCAAACAUAUGGUGUUAAUAAUAAAUUGCGUACUUUGAAAUUGAAGGCCUGUAAUCUGAACAAAAUUGUAUUGCCAAAGAAGGUGGUUUUAAAAGAAUUAGAUUUAAGACGCAAUUCUUUAACAGAGGUGCCAGAAAAUUUGCCUGAAGGUUUAGAGAUAAUAGAUUUAAGUGAAAAUCUAUUUGUGUCCUUAACGGAAUCAGAUGCCAAACGUUUGAGACACAUACAUGAAUUAUACAUGGAAGAUAUGCCUCGUCUUAUAUCCAUCCAAGAAAACUCUUUAGUGCCUUUGGAAUCUUUGGAGAAAGUAAGUUUCCAAAAUAGCCGCAGUUUAGUGGAAAUGCAUGAGUACUCGUUUGGCCAAAAUGCCACACGUUCCCCCAAACUACAUACCAUGAUAUUUCGUGGUACUGCUAUGCGUGGUUUCAAUAAUACUUUGUCUCCGAUAUUUUUCCAACUGGCCACCCUGGAUCUCAAUGGCAUGCCGUUACAUUGCGAUUGUAAUUUAGUAUGGAUUAAGGAGGUGCGUAUAGAAACCCAUGGACGCUGUUUUAAUCCAUCCCGUUUGAGGGGAGUAAGUCUUGCCAAGGCCGAUCCCAAUGAUUUCAGCUGUGAACGUUGGCCACGCUGGGUUUAUGGCAUAAUUGUCUUGGCUCUUAUUGCUCUUUGUUCGAUUUGUAUAUAUUUCAUUGUAGUUGGUUUAAGGCCAAAUGGUGGUGUCACUAUGCGUCGUAAAGUUGGUGCUGGCAGUCCAUAUGCUCGUGUCACUAUAGAGCCCAACCGUCAGGAGCAUUAUUAAUAUGUUAAAAGUUAUGUUGGUGGAAAACUCUUAUGACAUAAUGUGUAUUGAAUUAAUGUUUAUUUUAAUUAAACAGAUUUUUUGUAUAUAAUAA